AUGGACAACGAAAUUAUUGGUUUAGAACAAAUUUUUCCUGAUACUUAUACUCAAAAUAUCACAUUAAUAUCCAUGUAUUGUUUUGAAUUAAAGAAAGAUGUAGCAUAUGAAGCUUUAAAUAUUAUGAAAAAUUUUAUUAAUAGCCAAUUAUAUGAUCAUUAUAAUCAUUUGAAAAGAUGUAAAAAAACAAAUGAUACUGUACAAAUUUUAAUAGGAUUUUGUAAGAAAAUACCAAAUGAAUUAUGUAAUGAGUUAACAAAUAUAAACAAAGGAGAAAUUAAAAUUAAAGAAAUAAAAGUUUCUAAAUAUCCACCUAUGACAAGAAAACAAUAUUCCGAAUGGUCUAAGUUUUGGCCAAUUUAUUAUCGUAAGCCUUCGUAUGAUUUAUCUACUUUAACAAAAGAACAAACAAAGAAAUACAUAAAUUUUUUAAAAAUUUCCAUUAAUGUCGGAAAAAGUUUUGGUACAUGUCAAAGUGGAUGUGUCUUAACAUACGAUGAUAAAAUAAUAGCUUGUUCAGGUGAUAAUAUAAAAAACCAUCCUUUACAACAUUCAGUUAUGUUAGCCAUUGAAGAAGCUUCAUAUAAAUUACGGCAUUUAUCACAAAUUAAAAAAAUGAGAAAUAUCAAAAGUUGUGAACAUAACAAUAAAAUUAACAAAUGCUUAAGUGAGUCAUGUAUGCAAUCUUUAACACAUAAAAACAAUGAACUGAAAGAUUGCAAAGAACAAAAUAAUGACAACGAUACUGCAAACAAAUCCACAAUAAUUGAAAAAGGAAAUUUUAAUGAAACAAUAUUAAAAGAUGAUAAUGAAGAUUUAAAUAUAUAUAAACCAAUAAAAACAGAUCAAUAUCUCUGUACUAAUUAUUGUGCUUAUUUAAGUCAUGAACCAUGUUUUAUGUGCGCUAUGGCGAUGGUACAUUCAAGAAUUAAAUGUGUGGUAUUUGAUGAAGUGAAUAAAGAGAAUGGUGCUUUAUUUAGUAAAGAAAAACUGCAUUGCUUAAAAAAUAUUAAUCAUCAUUUUAAGGUGUAUAAAACUAUAAGAAGAAAUACAUAA